CUGGACGGCGGUGCGACACGUGCGGCUGCGGGGAUGGAUGCGAAGGGCCCGAGAGCCGUGGUGGAGCUGAAGGGAAGAGUUGGCAGCACGUGGCAGAAGGCAACAGCAGAGAGGAAACUUCCAGCCCACGAGUUGGCUUUGCCACCAAUCACCGACGGAGGCAAGAAGAAAGGGCAGAAGAACAAGGCAGCAGUGUUUGUGUCGAGGAAAACAGCCCCCUUGGUGUUGAAGACCUCUUCCCAAGAGAAGCACGGAGCAUUCACUGAGAGGAAAUGGGUGCUCAAGGAGGCUGAGUUAGCUGGAGUGUUGGAAGAGAUGAAAAUGACCACGCACCUGACCAAGCUGAAGACAAAAGCCAUAGAGGAGCUGAAGCAGUGCGGUGACCACCUGGCAAAGACCAACUUCUGGCUGAUGAAGGACAUCCAGCACACUGACGAUAGCACUGCCAAGCAAGCCAGAGACUUGCUGCAUCAGUUUGAAGUGUAUCAGAUGAUCGAGGCAAUGACACAGACCAUCAGUCAGAACCAGCUGGAUAUGGCAAGGGCAGAGCUCCAGGAAAUGGAAAAAACAAUGGAAAAGAAUCUGGGAAAGCUACAGCAGCAAGUGGAUGAAGUCACAUCGAAAGUACAGGUUCUCCAGGAUGAGCUCAGCAUCCUUCGGACCUACACAGAGGUGCAUUAUCUAAACCAAGCUAUGCAGAUAGUCCUCCUGCUGUCCGACAUCCAAAACCUGAAGAAGCAACAGCAGGACGAGAUAGAUGAGACAGAAAAAAUGGGAAAGGCCAUUCUGGAGGAACUGGAAGAAAAAACACAGCUGGAACAAGAAGAGAUAUUACAGAAAGUUGCAGAGGAGGUGUUGCUGCACCAGGAUGGGCUGAAGCAGAUGGUCAUCAACAAUCAUGUUCUUCGACAUGAAAUAAGAAGACAAAAAGAGAUUAUUAAAGACCUGGAAGAGGAGAUCAGCAAGCUGAAGAGAAGCGUCCAGACGCUCCGCCAGAGUGCAGGAGACCCAAGAGAGACGAUCUUUGCUGAUGUUUUUCUCCACAGACCAAAGUGCACACCAGACACCGAGGUGGUUCUCCGUAUCCCCACUGAGAAGACUCCGCUCCCCUGGUGCCCGCAGCGCUCAGGUGAGAUGCCGACCAACGCAGCCCUCGCUUCCCCAGCAGCACUCCUUCCUCCCGGCCCCACUCAGCCUCUGUGAGGACUCACUUAUAAGCGGCAGGAGGGUGUCUCGUGAUACAGCCGUGCCAGAAGCACGAUGUAAGCCCCCUGAUAUCGGCCCUUUGUGCCACCUGACCUCACACCAGCGGCAUCACCUGCCCCCAGAGAGGCUGCAGCCAAAGGCAAACCAGGACUCUCCGCUGCGAUGCCCCAGUGGUCUCCCAGUGCCGGCCCCGA